AUGUGCACCCCAACUCCAGUCAUCUCAGGUCUCAUCCCAGGUAAUGCCUAUGGUACCUUGAGCCUUCGUUCAUCAUCCAACUGGUCACCAGACUGCUCCGUUGUCUACUCGCAAAUCAACUACAAGAAGGGUAAUGUUACUUCUGCCAACGCUUCAUCCUCAUGGCACGCUCUCACCGCCGACGACAAGCAAUGGGUCACUUUGAGUUCACCAGUUCCAGUCGAGUUUGUUCAAAUCCAAACUCAAGGUAGAGGAGAUGACGAUCUUUCACAAUGGGUCACCUCAUACAGAGUCCGUUACACUGAGGACGGUGUCAACUGGGUUGAUGGUCCCACCUUCAAUGCCAACACCGAUCGUCACACCGUCGUCACCAACACCCUCCCAACCCCAAUCAUUGCCCGUUCCAUUGCUCUCCACCCACUUACCUGGCAAGGAUUUGUUACCAUGAGAUUCGAUGCCCUCUACCGUCCAAUCAAGCACACCAUUACCGAGACCGGUCUCGUCAUCGACGAAACCCAAAAGUUCAACUCUGGAUUGCCAGUUGGUGACAAGUUCUCUGAGCACGUCGUCAAGUUCGACAGAGCUUUCCCAAGAAUCCCAACCAUCGUCUGUGGUUUGACCCAAAUCGACUGUGGUGAAGACAAGAACUUGCGUAUCCGUGUCUUUGCCAAGGACAUCACCAAGGAAGGUUUCACCUUUGUCUUCAUGACCUGCAGAUUAAAUCAAUGGGAAAUUGAUCAAAUAGAUAAAAAUUCAGUGGAAUCAAUCAGGAUUCAUGGAGAAAUUGAUAUUUCGGUUUUGAUUCCAAAUAUUGAAAAUCUAAAGAGCUAUUCAUGGUCACAAAUGUUAGAGGAACCUUUUGUUUUAGCUGGUAACGGCUAUUAUGAGCUUCUUAAACAAUAUUAUCAACGUUUAAUUAAUAGUAAUAAUAAUAGUAAUAUAGAUAUCAACUCAAUAGUAAAAUAUCAAACCAUUAUAAAUGCAAUUAGAUUCGGUAGUUUAGAGAUUGUUAAAUACUUUAUGGAGGAAUUAGAUGUAAAUCUAAAUAGAUUGGAAGCAAUUCAAAAUAAUGAAUCAUAUAUGGAGGACGACGGCGAUGAAGAUGAAGAUGAAGUUCAAGGUGUUACUUACUACACUCCACAAAACUUUUUGAACUACGCCGCUAGACAUUCUCGUUUGGAUAUAGUCGAAUACUUGAUUACUUAUGAUAAUAGAGUGCCGAGGAACAAGAAAAACAGUGAUAUUGGUUAUCAGUGGGAUUAUUAUACUGCAAUGGUUGGUGCGAUCAUAUCUGGUAAUUUUGAAUUGGUUCAACUCUUUCAUAAACAGCUGUCAUUGGAAUCAAUUAUAAACCCACAAUAUAUUUUUGACAACAGUGAUAUGGUAAAGUUAUCUACUUUCAAUGCAGCCGCACUCUUUGGUCGCAUCGAAUUCAUUGAAUGGCUGAAACAGAACCGAUCCUCAGAUAGAAUUCACAACAGAAUGUACUAUUAUGCAAUCAAAGGUGGACAUACCAGAGUUCUCGAAUAUCUCCUCAAAGAGAAUCAUAUUAACGAUCGUUCCGAGAGGUCAAGCAGUAGUAAAUCAGAGAUAUAUGGAUUUCCAUUGGAUCAUGCAGCUUCUUUUGACAGAUUCGAUAUGAUGAAGAUUUUAUUUGAUAAUGGCGAUAAGAAAACAACUAAAAAGGCAAUGGAUUCGGCGGCUUUAAAUGGAAAUCUAGAUAUGUUGGUUUUUUUACAUGAAAAUACAACAAGUGGAUGUUCAACAGAUGCCUUGGAUCAAGCUUCACAGCGCGGCCACUUCAGCGUGGUCAAAUGGCUUCAUCACAAUAGAAAUGAAGGAGGAACUACUUGGGCGAUUGCUUUAGCUGCUGCCAGUGGACAUUUGGAGAUUUUGAAAUUUUUGCACCAGAAUCGUACAGAAGGCGCAACUACGGAUGCCAUGGACUGGACUGCAUCAACAGAUAAAUUUGAAGUAAUGAAAUGGUUGAAUGAGAAUAGGAGUGAAGGUUGUACAACUAUGGCAUUUGACUAUGCUGUUAAUAGCAACAACAUGGAAAUGGUUAAGUGGCUAAAUGCAAAUAGAACAGAAGGUUGUAGUGCACAAUCAAUUAUCAAUGCAGUUAGAAACGAAAAUAUAGAGAUGGUAAAGUGGUUGCACGCCAAUCGGACAGAGGAAACGACAUCAGAGGCAAUGGACUUGGCUGCUGGAAACGGUAAUUUGGAGAUAAUUAAAUUCUUACAUGAGAAUAGGAGUGAAGGUUGCGAAGAUGCAUUGAUGAGGGCAUGCGAAAGUGGAAAGUUUGAAGUGGUUAAAUGGUUGGCUGAGAAUCGUACGGAACCAGUUUAUUGGAAAGUCAUGUUUGCAGUUUCUGAACAAAAAGGUUUAGAGAUCUUCGAUUGGCUCCAUCGUAAUGUCGAGAGUUGCGCUAUCAAACAUUUGGACCAGUAUAUCAGUCUAUUGCGUCGAGCUUUCGCUUAUGGCUCUUUAACCUUAAUGCAAUGGCUGUGCGAUAACUGUGAGUUGCCAAACUACGUCAUCGAUAGAAUGAAGGAAUUCAUCAAACCAAAGGAUAAAGUACAUGCUCAACUUUUAAAUAUAUUUGCAAAUAGAAAUAAGAGGAGCUACGAUAUAGAUGAAGGUGAAAAGAUAUCAAAGAAAUCAAAAAUAUAA